AUGGCAAAACAAACUAAAAUGAUAUUUAUAACAUCAAAUGAAGAUUUAGUUCAUCAAAUAGCUUCAAAACAAGUUGAAGAUACACAUAUUAUUGAUUUAGAUGAUCCUAAACAAGUUACUUCAAUGAUAAAUAAUAAUAGUAUCAAUUGGACUUUUCUUGCUGGUCUAUCAGAACUUGAUUCAAAAAAUGAUCAAAUAUAUAAACGAGCACUCGAUUCACAUCAGGAUGAUCAAGAAAAACAAAGAAAAUUAUUAAGAAAAUCAAUCGAUUUAAUUUGUAAAAUUUGUGGUGAUCGUGCAAUUGGAUUUAAUUACGAUGUUCUUUCUUGUUCAUCAUGUAAAGCAUUUUUUCAUCGUUAUGCUCAUCAAGAUUUGAAAAAAUUAAAAUGUUCUUCUAGAAAUCAAAACCAAUGUAAAAUUGUAAAUGGAGAACGUUCAAAAUGUCAUCGAUGUCGAUUAAAUCGAUGUUUUGCUAUGGGAAUGAGAACAGAUUUUAUUUUAAGUCAAGAAGAAAUACAACGAAGAAAGGGUUUUGAAAAAAAUCCAAAUAUUUCAUCAACAAAUUCAACAUGUAUUUCUCAAACAUUUAAUAAUAAUGAUAAAAAUAUAUUUUCAGAAUCAUUAACAGCGGAAGAUUUGAUUGUUAUUGAUACAAUUCAAUCAGAUUUUUUAUCGAUUUUUCAAAAUCAGUUCGAAGGAUCUAAAGAACUGAUCGAUUUAACUGAUCGUGUUUCUGCAUUAAUCUCUUGGUCAGAAUCGCAUAACAAACUUGCUCUUCUUAUCAUUAAAUAUUGUCGAUUAAUCAAUGAAUUCGAAAAUUUGAAUGCUGAUGAUCGUUUUAUUUUAAUAAAAUAUAAUCUUCUUUCACUUUUUAGUGUUAUUCUAUGUUAUAAUUGUAAAUCCAGAAAUCAAUCCAGUUCAUCCUAUCAAGAAUAUGAUGGAGUAGAAAAUAAACGUCAAUUUUAUAGUGUAUGUGAUCCAUCGAGUGAUAUGUAUACGAAAGUAAUAAAUUUAAUGAUUUCUUCUAUGGAAACACUUAAUCAAGAUUUAGUAUUAGUGUCACUUUUGACGAUUAUUCUUCUAUUCUCUAAAGGUUUAUCAAUGAAUGAAAAUGAACCAUUACUUAACGAUUCUUUAUCUGUAUAUCGAGCUCAAUCUUAUUAUACGAAAAUACUUUGGAAUUAUUUAAUUGAUAAACAAGGUGAAAUGAAAACAUAUAAACAAUUUACUCGUAUGCUUACAGAAAUUUUUCAACGUCAAACAUGUGCUACAAUUUUUCGAGAAUUUAUUAAUAUACAAAUAAAAGCAUCACAAACUAUUGAUCAAAUUACACCACUUAUACAAACUGUUUUACAUAUUUCUUAA